UUGACCGAGGGCUAGUUAUUUCUUCGGAACAUUAAUUUCAAAUUUCACACACACACUAUUAUCAGUAAAAUUAAUAUUUAUUUUUUUGGCAACACUCACUAUGUUUGUUUGGGUUAGCAGAAGUAUCGAGUGUAGUGGUUUGUUUAUAAAUUCUGCAGUUCAUCAUUCAUUCCGCGCUUAUUUUGUUAUCGGGAACACGAUAAAAUUCUUCUCGUUUGGAGCAUUUUGAAAUGUAGAACCACAAAAUGGAGCUUUAUCUUCUGUUUCCUUUGUUUAUGUUUGUUCAUGCGUCUGGUCACUUGCUGUCAAAAAUUGAAGAUAUUCAUGUACUCAUUGGAAGGGAGGUAUUUUUAAAACCAACGGACAUACAGUUUCAAAAUUUGACUAAUGAUUCUGUCUGCAAAAUUGAAGUUAUUAAUAAUGAGCCCAUGACCCAACAAGUUGGUGUUUUAAUCCCUCAGGUAUUUGACUGCGAUUUUAACUCCAGAACAGUUAAAUAUGUGCAUCAUGGUUCCCCAUUACUUUCAAAUGACACUGUAAAAUUUAGAGCAUAUAAGCUUCUCGAGCGUGAUACAGUUUCAGAAUAUUUUGAUAUGCUGAUUAUCAUUGAAAAUGAUUCAUAUGAAGUGGUACAACCUGGUCUUCCGUUGGUUAUAAAAGAAUUCUUUGGUAUUACAGAUCCAGUGGAUGAUGCAAUUUUAAAUUUUAAUUUUAGUCGAAAGGAUGGUGCUAUAUGUAAAGUCAGAAUGUCUCGCCAUAUUAGCCAUAGGCCAGCUCAUGGUCAGGUCAUUGUUGGAAGAGAAAGAAGAUCUAUUGAUGUUAUUAAAAGACGAUGUGAUGAUUUUUUGCAGUUAGGUCUCCGUUAUGAACAUUUGAAGCCUCCAUCGCCAAAUAUAGAUUUUAUAUUCAUUAUAGUCGAAGUAAGUGAUCCAUAUCUCAAUGGUGGAGAUUUGAUUACAGAGUGGUAUCAGAUUCCAGUAAUAAUUGAGCCAGGUUUUCCUAACCUUCCUCCUAAAGCAUCCUUUUCUGGCAUGUAUCUUAUGGAUGUUGACCAGUUUAUUAUAACGGCAAUAACUCCGGCUGUUUUAUCAGCUACAGAUAGUGAAACUCCAUCAGACCAGCUUGUUUUCAAUAUUUCAAAGCCUCUGCUUUUGCAUCAAGGUAGUAUAGUCCACCUCUCUGAUCAUACUAGACCAAUAAAUUCUUUUAAGCAGAGUGAUUUAAACAAUUUUGAUAUCGCAUAUAAACCACCAGCCAGAUCUUUUAAAGAUAGGCAAAUGUUUGAAAUUGGUUUUAUUAUUCGGGAUCCAGAUUUUGCAUUUAGUGAGCCAUUUACAAUGCAUAUUGCCAUUCGUCCAGCAAUUACUACAGCUCCCAGAGUAUCUAUGAAUGUAGGAAUGGUUCUUUUAGAAGGACAAUCAAGACCCCUUAGAAUAAAUAAUUUGGAAGUUGUUGACAGUGAUAAUAUUCAUGAUGUUAAAAUUUUUGUCACUGGGGGUUUACAUCAUGGCCGUUUGGAAGUUAACGGAAAGCCUGCCGUGUCUUUCACGCAACAAGAUGUUACAUCCGAAGCUGUGGUGUAUUACCAUGAUGACAGCGAUUCUGUAAGAGACAGCAUUCAUUUGCGCAUUUAUGAUGGAUUCCAUUCAACGCAUGUGAAAUUUCCAAUAACUAUUAUUCCGAAAGAUGACAAUUAUCCCUCUUUAGUAAUCAAUGUAGGAUUAAAAAUGAGAGAAGGAAGUGAAGUGCAGAUUACCCCAUCUUUACUUCGUGCUAUAGAUCAAGAUACAACAGAUGAGCAUGUCAAGUUUGUUAUUACUAAGCCACCAUCAACUGGUACGAUUUGGAAGAAGUUUUCAUGGGAAAAAGCUGGAAAUGAUAUUUUUGCAUUCACCCAACAAGAUUUGAACAAAGGAAUAAUAUAUUAUCACCAUAACGGCGAUGAGGUAUUUACAGAUUCUUUUGAAAUUAUUCUACAAGAUGCAAAUAAUCCUCCAAAUGUAUCCCCAACUUAUACUGUGUUUGUCAGGAUUAUGCCAGUUGGGGAUGACCCUCCAAAAAGAGAUCCUGCCAGUUCAUUUAGUCUUGAGGUUAAGGAAGUUGAUAUUGGCCAUUUCAGCAGUCGUAAUUUGCACUUCAUGGAUAUAGAUUCUCUUGACAAUGAAAUAGUGUUUACAAUAACUACUUCUCCAAGAUUUAUUGGCUCGUUUGCACAUUCAGAUCCUGGAAAAAUUGUUGCCUUGCCAAAUGAUGCAGUAAUUGCUGACGUUUUCAACAUGAGUGCUAUUAAGUCUUUUACUCAAGAGCAAAUAAAUCAUCAGAAAAUUGCUUAUUUACCGCCAGCUGAAGAAAUUGGCCCAAAUCCAUUAUAUUUGCAGUUUAUGUUUUCUGUUACUGAUAAAGAUAAAAAUACUGUUACAGAUCAAGUUUUUAAUAUUACGAUUUUACCAGUAAACAACCAGGUUCCUCAACUUCAUACUGGCGAAUUACUUGUUGAAGAAGGUUCAUCUACCUUGCUGUCAACAAAUGAACUCUCUGUGUAUGAUCCAGAUACACUAUCUUCCGAUUUGCAGAUGAGUUUGUUUACAGUUCCUCUUUAUGGUUCAAUACGGAGAAGUGAACAGCCUCUUCGAGUUGGAGAUUUAUUGUCUCUUGAUGACAUUCUUACUUUGAGAUUGGAGUACACUCAUGAUAAUUCAGAAAAUUUUAAGGACAGUUUUAAAGUUGGUGUCAAUGAUGGACUUCAUUUUGUUUCUGGAGAUGUUUUGGUAUCGAUUGAUCCUGUUGAUGAUGAGAAGCCUGUGUGGAAGAGAGAUUUGCAGCCACAAAUUUCUGUAACAGAAGGUGGAAAAGUUCUGUUGACUUCUGAGGUUUUAGCUGCUACAGAUGUAGACACUGACGAUACUUUGUUAUAUUUUAUCUUGACUGAAUCACCGCAGUUUGGAAAUGUGAUGCUUGAUAAACGUAAAACAAAUCGCUUCACACAGAUGGACAUUUUCAACAAAGAAGUAUUCUAUGUUCACAAUAAUCAAGAAAUUGGACCUAAUCCUAAGGAAGAUUCCAUGACGUUUAUUGUAACUGAUAAAGCAUUUCCACGUUUGAUGCCUCACAAUAGUCAUAAAGUUUUUGUAACUAUUCUGCCACAAAACACUCAGUCACCAAGAUUAUAUUUUAAAAGGGCUAUUCUUGUUGAAGAAGGGCAGCGUUCAGCCAUAACAGAAGAAAAUCUAUCUGCUACUGAUGAUGACACAUUUUCUGGCGAAUUACUAAUUGUUAUUACUAAACAGCCGGAAUAUGGAUAUAUUGAAAACUCGAGACCAUCUCCCGGGUAUGAAAAGAGCAAAAUAAGUAAAAAGAUAAGUGCCUUUCCUCUGCAGGAUGUAAAAGAUGGUUUUAUCACUUUUGUGCAGCAUAACCACAGUGGUAUAGAACCUGAAUCUGAUGAUUUUGAAGUAUUUGUCACUGAUGGAGUGCAUAAUUCUACAGCAGUGCUUGUUUACGUUAGUAUCGUGUUGCUGAAUGAUGAAGUACCUUACUUUUCCCUGUCAAAUAUUACAGUCGAUGAAGGUGCUUUAUACCUUAUGAAUAAUGAAUCUGUUAUUGCUGGUGAUCGAGAUUAUCCAGGAGAUAUUUUAGUUCUCAGUGUUAGGAAUAAACCAAGACAUGGGUCACUAACUCAUUUCUUACAAGCUGUGAACAAUGGCCCUUUAUUAGAAAUCCCUUUCAAUCAGUUGACAUUAGAAAAUUUUGAAAAAAUUGUAUACCAUCAUGAUGGUUCAGAAAAUUUUGCUGAUUCUUUUACUUUGUCAUUAAAUGACGGAGUGCAUUCUGUCACCAGAACUUGCUUCGUAGAUGUUAAUCCAGUUAAUGAUGAACCUCCAGUGCUGAAAAAAAACAUAGCUGCUAAAAAUGUUGAAUUGCAAGGAAGUUACGUUUUAUCUAAUGCUGUUCUGUAUUCUGAAGAUGCUGAUUCAAAUUCCUCAGAAAUAUUGUACAAAAUUAUUCAAACUGUUGCUUUUGGCAACUUAGAAAAGAAUUCAGAUGGUGAAUGGGUUUUGUUGAAUCCUUUGGAGUUUUCUCAGGAAGAAAUCAAUUUAAAUUUGAUAAGAUAUCGCCAAAUUUCCAAGCCUUCUUCUGUAUAUGAAGAUAGUUUUACUUUUUACUUAUAUGAUGGUCUUCACAAAUCGCCAACUUCUACAUAUUUGUUAAAUUUAGUUGAUUAUGGAAAAAGCAGUUUAAAUGUAGUGAUUGAAAAAUUUAUUGUUGAAUUUGGUAACCGGGCAGUGUUAAAUUCUAGUUUUUUAAUGGCAUUUGACAAUAGUUCUAGAACAGAAGAUAUUUUAUUCCAUGUAAUAAAACCACCAUCAUAUGGAAAUUUAAUUUUCAACACCAAUACAUCCACGUUUGCAGAAAAUUUCACCAUCUUUAAUCUCAUGAAUAAUCAAUUGUCUUACAAGCAUAAUGAUUCAUUUAAUGCAAAAAAUGAUAGCUUUGAGUUGAUGAUUACAAAUGGUGUUAUAGUUAAAAAUCUUACAUUCAGCAUUUCGAUUUCAAAUGCAAACAAUGUUCCUGUUCUAGAAAAAUUAUCUCCAUUGUUUGUUAAUAUGCUUGAAAAUAAGUCGAACAUAAUCACUUCUGAAAAUUUAUUAUUUAGUGAACCAUCUUUACUUCCAAUUAAAAUUUUGUACUCGGUAAUAGAACAACCCAAGUAUGGAUAUUUGAUAUAUAAUCAAAAUUUUCCUUACCCCAAAAAAUUCACUCAGGAGGAUGUUGACAAAGGAUUAGUUUCAUAUUGGGCUCAUUCAAACUUCUCUAGUAGUGACAGAUUUAUUUUCAGAGUGUCAGUUGACAAGAAAGACAUUGAUGAGCAGAAAGGCAAUCAACUCAUAGGUUCGAAUGUAUUUCAAAUAUUUAGCAAAUUUGUGGAAGAAUCUCCAUCAGUGUUCAUAAAUUCGCCGACCAAUUUGGAUAAUGUGUGGCAUAGCCAUCUUGGAUUUUCUAUCAACAGUUAUAAUCUGAAAGCCACUUAUUUUAAUUCCUCUGCAAAAAUGGUGAAAUUCACUGUAGUAAAAUAUUUAGACCAUGGAUACUUAUUCCAUCUGAGAGAUGAAAAAAUUGUUCGAACAUUUUCUCAAGAAGAUAUUAACGAGCAGCUAAUUAUAAUAAUAUUAAAGAAUGGAAUGGAGACCUACGAUUAUUUUACAUUCAGAGUUUCUGUGAAUGAAUCAACCUUCUCGAAAGAAUACAGAAUGGAUUUUCAAUGGGCUGUUGUUUUUUUCCCGUAUGCUGAAUAUUCUGUAUGUGAAGAUAGCGGAUCGCUUAACAUCGCGAUUCAGCGGUCUGGAAAUGUUAAUAUAUCUUCAUAUGUAACGAUUUCCGCCAUUGAACAAACUGCCAAAGAAGGGCUUGAUUAUGUAUCAAGACGUGUAAGCAAGAUACAGUUUGAUCCAGGCAAAACUGAUACUACCUGGAAAAUCGUAAUUGUUAAAGAUGAUCUUGAAGAAGCACCUAUUGAGCAAAUGCAAGUAACUCUGACAGAUCCUGAAAACUGUAUUAUCAUUAAUCACAACAGAACUAUCGUCAGCAUCUAUGAUUUGAAUAGAGGUUCAUGUUCACAGAUACCUGUUGGAGACCCUCGUGGGAGCAAAGUAGCUAAUAGUAACUUUCCUGCUUCUUUUGAUAGUAGUGAUGAUAGUGAAUUUUUGUCUUUUCAGGAGGGUAAUGGAGAUGGUAAAAAUACAAAUAUCUUAAAUUUUCCGAUGGAGUGUAGUCAGUAUAUAUAUGGUCUGUUACAUUUUGAGACGUUCUCUCAAAGUUUAUAUCAAUGUGAUGGUGAAAAGUGGGUUCAAUGGCAUCCAAAAGUUUUUAAUACCCAAACUAAUGCCGAAAUUUUCCCAUUGGAUCCAUCGUUGGAUCUGGACAUCCCAGAAAAAGAAAGCACUAUUGCAGAGGAAUUAACUUCAAUAGAAGAAAUCACAACACUUUCCACCUUUGAAGCGGAUAGUUGUAUGAAAGGUUGGCAGAUGUUUGAAAAUAAAUGCUACAAAUGGCACCGACCUUCUGCUACUUGGAAUAAAGCUUCAGAAGUGUGCAAAAGCUACCAGUCGGGCGAUUUAGUAAUAGUAGAGUCCCUUGAACAUAAUAGUUGGCUUCUCCAGCUUGCUCGGAAUAAACCUUUUUGGAUUGGUUUGCAUACUAAAGAAGGAACAAAUUACUGGAGCUAUAAGAUGCCUAAUGAUGCUUCUUUUUUGAACUGGAAGAAAGGAUUCCCUCGUGCAGAUACAAAACUUAGAUGUACUCUGGUGCGUGGAUCUGGCUUAUGGAUAAAUAAGAACUGUGAAACUCAUGAGCAUAGUUAUAUUUGUUCUAUGCCUCUGUAUGUUAUAGAUAGUCAUGUGGUCAAGUAGUGAAGUGAUUUGCUGAACGAUUAAAAUGUUCUAUGACCAAAGCUGUUUUUGUGUAUAUGUAUAUACACAUAUUGAAUUUAGGAUACAUAAAAGUAUCAUUGUAAUUGUUACUUUUUGAUAUUUAAUGCAGCAUUAAUAUUGAAAGCUGUUUGAUACUUCGUUAAUAUAUGAUAGAUGGAUAAUUUUAUGAAAUAUAUCUUCCAUUGAGCUUUCUGGUAUCUUUAAUUAGUUUGAAAUUGCAUUUUUCUUUUAGUUUCCUAUUAUUACCGAGUUCUUUGAUUCAAGCAAUUAAGCUACCAGUACAAGCAAAAUAUGAAGGCUGUUGAACUUAAUAUAAAUUUAAUGUUUGUGUGAAAAAUAUAUUUAUCGACCGUUGCCAAGCAAUGAAGUGCAGUAAAGCAAUAAUAAUCUGUAAAAAAAUAAAUAAAUAAAUAAAAUGGAGUUUUAGAUGGAAUUUUCUUACAAAUAAUUUCAAAUUUAAUUCUAGUCGAUUUAUUGAAAUUUAUUUGUUAUAGUUUUGUAAGCUUUUAUGCCCUUUUUUUACUAGUUAUUGUUUUAGUUCUAAAUAUCAUUUCCUGUAUGUUUUUUUG